AUGAAGGACCAACAGGACUACAUGCAGAAAUUUGUCUCUGACAACUUCACAUCUUCCGACCAGAUGAAGAAGCAGGUGGACUUUUUCCAGUCGGAGCUGAACGAAAAGGGCGACUGGAUAGAGCGGGCGGAGCGGUCCUGGCAGAGCAGGCUGGAAGAGGAGGGGGACUUGCGCCGGCAGGACUACAAACAGCUGGAAACCUACCUUUCGACCAGGAUAAAAGAAGUGGCCGGCGACGUGAAAGUUUUGCUCGACGCCAUGGAGCCACAGCAAGUUGUAAACCAAAAGGCGGCGGAGACCGAACAGUCAACCAACGCGAAUAAAAAACAAGUAUAAAUGGAAUUUAUUAUUUCGUGAUUCUUUUCUUGCAUGCAGACCAAGGUCUUUUUGUUCACAUGCGCCGUUGGGACCACAGGUACGCCUAUGGGCGCAAUUCCUGGUUGUUUUGUGCGCAUGAUAUGUACGAAGUGCUGUUUAAGAAUAACCAACAAACUAGAUUCGGGACCUGUGGACCUCGCUAGAGGGUGUCCGCGGAGAGUUUGGCGAGUUUGCGCAGGAGCAGAAAAUGGUGCUGGGCUUCUUGGACACACAACAGAAGAUACGGCUAGAGAAAAUGUCUUUUUCACAUCGCUUGUGCGUCGCUCUGGCAUUCAUUCUGUUUUGUAUGCAUAACCGUAAGAUCACUGACAGUGUUAGGAUACCGGGGCGGAUCAAGAUCAUGCCCCGCUGCGUAUUGGGAGGGGGAAGGGUGAUCUUGAUAGAAGAACUUGGAAAAAGAUGUUCUGUAUACGAAAGCGAUGUUGAAGAUUUUCCCCGGCGAUAGAAGACGAAAUUCGGAAUCUUGCAAAAGGACGUGUCGAACCUGCUCACGUUAUACGGGACGACAGACCGACCACAAUAG